CGAGCAUGCCCGGGGGGUCAUGCCCAUGCAGGAGGCCUCCAGCCCAUCCGGGCCCGGCAGUGUGCCUGGGGGCUCGUGCCAGCCGGGGCAGGUUGGGGGGAGGCCGCUGCCCUGCGGGGGUGUCCACACAGGCCGUCCCCCUCUUCCGCUGGGACGGAUCGCGUCGCGGGGCUGCGAGCGCCGCGUUCCUCAUCUGAAAGCUGCCCCCACGCGUGGAGCGAGUGCCGCCGGGAUGCGGUUCGGGCUGCCGACCGCGGCGCCCGGCUCCCAGCCCUGCCCGUGUCUGCCGCAGGUGGAGUGCGUGGACGAACACCAAGCCGGCCGGGCCCUGGCGGAGGCAACGGACCUGCUGAAACUUCAGCAUGCAAACAUCUGUGCUUACAAAGAAUUGUUUAUUUCAUGGGAUAAUAAGAUUUCGUCUUUGUUUCUUUGUCUGGUGACGCAAUACUUGGACCACGGAGACCUUUCAUCUCUCAUCAAAGCAAACAGGCAGAAGUUAAAGAAAAUGGAACAUACGGUGAUUUCGAAGUUCCUGGGACAGAUGGUGGAUGCUUUGUUUUAUAUACACAAACAAAAUAUUUUUCACAGAAACCUCAAACCUUCUAACAUCCUUUUAACUGGUGAAGCGUCCUUCAUGCUUUGUGAUUUCAGUGUAGAAACACUUAUGACUGAUGAAGUGAAAUGGAAGAUAAGAGUAGAAGAAGCAGAUCCUGACAGUAAAUCCUGGAUGGCCCCAGAAGCACUCUGUUUCUCCUUUAGUGAGAAGUCUGACAUCUGGUCUCUAGGUUCUAUUCUACUUGACAUGAUGACCUGCUUCUUUCUGAAAGCAGGAGAGAUAAUGUCAUUACUGAAGGAGAUUAGACAGGACACCAGCAGUCUUGGGAAGGUUCUGACGUUAACGCAGAACAGGGAUAAAAGUUAUUUGCCUUUGUGCCCUGUUUUACUUAUGAUGCUGAAGAUUCAGCCCAGUAUGAGACCCACAGCAAAGGAUCUGAUUGAUAGUCCCUGUAUUGUGGAAUGUCUGACUCUUGCUGGUUCACCUUUAUUGAAGCAGGAAAAACAUUUGCCCCCAGAAAUAGUAGAUGUGCUCAUUGAAGGAGGAAUUGAAAGUGCUCUAAAAUUUAUGCAGACUUACCAUGACAUAGAGGAGGCUCAAGCAAAAGCAAUAAAGCACAUCACCAGCUUACUAGAAAAUGAAAGUGCCUUAGGAUAUCUGCUCAGACUUACAAGACCUGUCACUUCUGCAAUGAGGACUCACAUAGAUUCUCUCGAGCUACAAUUAGAUGGCUGCAGAUUACUGCUUGAUGUUGUUGGCCAAGCACUAGAACAGAACCUGGAUGUGGAGGUGGUAGUUGAUGAGGAUGUAAUCAACUCUCUGUUAAAGACAAUGAGAACAUAUUCAGAAAAUGAAGAGCUGCUCUCCUUGGUUUGCACAUUACUGAUGAUGAUUUCGAUCAGUGAAAUCACUGCAGAAAAACUGAGGAAAGCUGGAGUCAUCUCGGAUGUCCUGACUAUUACAAGCAAUUUUCUUCAUAAUGAAAAAAUCUGUGCCUCUUGUUCGGGAGUUCUCUGGAGCUUGGCUUCAAAUGAAGUCCCCUUGACUGAGGAGGUGGCCUGACUUACAAAACCAGUUGGCCCAAGAAGUCUGGUAAUUAAGCCACAGUUCAUCCGAGAAGGUGUCUGGAGCUCUGUGCCAUCAUGGCUAGACUUCAUCUGGUGCACAAGUCUGUUCAUUUAAAUCUAGUUCAGGCAUAUCUAUACUGUACUCUGGUCUGCAGUGCAAAUACACCCUUUGUGUUUCAAGUCAUGAGGCCCUGGAGGGAGAAACUUGAAUCCAAGUGCCUUCAUGGUGGUACUCGGGGGGGGGGGGGAAGGAUUUGCUUAAAUUAUUGGGAUUUUAGAUGCCUUACUAGAUUAGCCCUGGCCUUGUGGGACUACAGCAGCUGGAUAAUGAGGCCCCAUUUCUGUGAAAGGAUAAUUGUCUGUGCUUAUUGUGCCUGGGAGACCAAAGGAGAGACUGCCAGAGCCAUGAGGCUAAGAGGGGCAUAAAAACAUGUGAACCCAUUGUGCCAGAUGCAAACCCAACAGCCUGGUGAGUGUUCAUAGAGGGGCAGUUUGACCUGGAUGGUGACAUGGCUAUUCUGUUUUAUAGGCUUGUCAUAUCUCACAAUCUAAAAACUCAGAAAAAAAUGGUAGUUGCAGCAGAAAGACAUAGCCAGUGAACACCGAUCAGCAGAAUUUUCAUGGUGCUGGUACUGAAUUAGUGCCAUAGGGCACUAUGGUGGUGUCGGAGGUGAAACCUUUUCAGUGAAAGGAAAAUAUGAGGCUUUGACCAUUUGGCAGUAUUGACCAAUUCCUGCCUAUUGAAAUUUUUCCUGCAGGUUCAACUAUGUAUUCUCCUGUGUGAUCUACUGGUAUGAUUUCCUGUAUGCUAGGUUCUAUCCUGGAAGGUUAGACAGAGCCAGUACAGCAUAUACUAGUUUGUAUGUCAUGAUAUAAUUGCAAAGCCCUAGGAAAUGGAAGCAGCUGAAAUAAUGCAAGGUUAUUUUUUUUAAUGUAAAAAAAACAGGUAAUGGUAGGAAUCUGGAAUAUUUUAAAAUAAACCAUAUAUUACAGGGCUUAUUUAAA